CGAGCUUCCGGCGCCUGGGCUCCGCGCACUGCUGCGCUCCGGGCGCCCGCCUGUGCCGGCCAGCCGCGGAGACGCUGGCGGCGGGCCUCGGGCCGGGAGCGGAGGACGGCGCGGCCGGCUUGUGGCCGCGGCAGAGCCGUGCCCGUGCAGCCCGCAGUCGUGCCGGCCGGUAGCGACUCCACACUCGAGGAUCCGCCCGCGAAGUCGAGGCGCUCGCCGGCGCGAGGCCCGGGAUGGCCCGAGAGUCGAAGGCCAGCGCGGCCUUGGACGCCCACUCUGCGGAGGAGCGGCCGGGGCUCCUGACUGGGGUCUUGACGGUGAAGGUGGAGGAGGAGGACGCCCCCGCGCCGGCGGCAGAGGCGGGGGCGCCCGGCAGCCCGGCGCCUGGCCCCGAGCGCUCGCGCCGGCGCUUCCGGGGCUUCCGCUACCCCGAGGCCGAGGGGCCCCGCGAGGCGCUGAGCCGGCUGCGGGAGCUCUGCCGUCAGUGGCUGCGGCCCGAGACGCACAGCAAGGAGCAGAUCGUGGAGCUGCUGGUGCUGGAGCAGUUCCUGGCCAUCCUGCCGGGGGACCUGCAGGCCUGGGUGCGGGAGCGGCACCCGGAGAGCGGGGACGAGGUGGUGGUGCUCUUGGAGUAUCUGCAGAGGCAGCUGGAGGAGCCAGGGCCGCAGGUCCCAGGUGGUCACCAGAGGCAGCUACUCUGUUGCAAGAUGGCGGUGCUGACACCAGCUCAGAGGCCAUGGAGUACCCAGUUCCAGCCAAUGAAGGCUCUGCUCAAGCACGAAUCUCUGGGGUCCCAGGCCUCAGCAGACAGGGUUCUCCAGGUUCCUGGGCUUGCCCUGGGAGGGCGCUGCAGAGGAGACGCAGUGGUGGCUGCCAGGCUGCCCUCAGAGCCCCAGGGCUUGCUGAAAACGGAAGACGUGGCCCUGGCUUUCUCCCCUGCAUGGACACAGCUGGAUUCACCUCGGGGGAGCUUCCACAGAGAUGAAAGGCAGCAGAACUGUGGCGGCCUGACCCCCCUGGGCGGUAACAUGCAGGCUGAGAUCACAGACCUGCCCCCAAAUGAGGAACAUCCAGGACAAGAGCCUGGGGAAAUACCGUGCCACUUGAGUGAAGACAUUGCCCAGAUUCCUGCCUGUGUAGAAGCUGGUGAACAGGAGGGCAGGUUACCAAGAAAGCAGAAAAAUGCCACAGGAAGUAGGCGGCACUAUUGUCAUGAAUGUGGAAAGAGUUUUGCUCAGAGUUCAGGCCUGACUAAACACAGGAGAAUCCACACUGGUGAGAAACCCUAUGAAUGUGAAGACUGUGGCAAGACCUUUAUCGGGAGCUCUGCCCUCGUCAUCCAUCAGAGAGUCCACACUGGGGAGAAACCAUAUGAGUGUGAAGAAUGUGGCAAGGUCUUUAGUCACAGCUCAAACCUUAUCAAACACCAGAGAACCCACACUGGGGAGAAGCCCUAUGAGUGUGAGGACUGUGGGAAGACCUUCAGCCAGAGCUGCAGCCUCCUAGAACAUCACAAAAUCCACACGGGGGAGAAGCCGUAUGAGUGCACCCUGUGUGGUAAAGCUUUUAGGCGGAAUUCACACCUCCUGAGACACCAGAGGACCCAUGGCGAUAGAAACGUGCAGGAUCCUGAACGUGGAGAGACCUGGGAGGGUCAGGGGAGGGUGGAAGGCCAGUGGGAAAAUGUUGAGGCUCCCGUGUCUUAUAAAUGUAACGAGUGUGAGAGAAGUUUCACUCGGAACAGAAGCCUUAUUGAACACCAAAAAAUCCACACUGGUGAGAAACCUUAUCAGUGCGACACAUGUGGAAAAGGCUUCACCCGAACUUCAUACCUUGUUCAACAUCAGAGAAGCCACGUCGGAAAAAAAGUUCUAUCACAGUGACCCACGUCGUAUGUGGCAGAGUUGGUGCUCAUUCCUCAUUGAACCGAAGCCACCCGCAGCCCUUCCUGACCACAGAAACUGGGCUGGGCUUUAUUGACCACUUCCCAUCAUCUUGCGUUAGAAGACACACAGUCCGGCUGAGAUGGAUUCUCUUCUACAUUCUAGAAGGUGGCUGAGGAACAGCUUAUUUGAUGGGAGGCUACAGGAGAGUUGUCUGGAAGGGGUAGGACCUGAAAUGUUUAUUCUCACGUACUAGACUGAAAUGGGCUUCCAGACUGGCUAACCACCUCCAGCCAGCACUUUGGAUGUCUCAUGGGCAGAAGGCUGGGGCUGCUGCUCUGACCACUUUGCCCGUAAAGAAUCCUCCAUCAGUUGGUCAGAUCCAUGACAUCUUACACUCCCCAUUGUGCCUUUUGUAUAGGUGCUUAUAAACAUUUAUUAAAUAUACUAGUGAAGUGACCUCCAUAGCUCUGAAAAUCUAAUGUCUAGAUUUCUGAGGCCUUUCUAACUAAGGCCACUUGUGUUUGUGUAUAAUUCUUGGAGGUUCUAGAUUGUGGGUCAAUUGUGUAUUUAUUGCCACGUACAUAGGAUUGUCAGAGUUGGGGUGGGGGAAUCCGUAUUUCUUCAUCAGCAUAGUACUUGUAGAAGAAUGCCUUAAGCAGCUGGUCAUUCAGAUGUGGUGAGACUUCUCCAUCCAUAGAACUCCAUUCUUCAGUCGAUGUUAAUUAUAUUUGUUCACAUUAAUUUUGCUACUUUUUAGGGGGAAACCUUUCACAUUCAGGUAAAUAAAAAGUGAAUUGAUCAAGUCAGAUCCAA